GUUGACACGCCAGCGAUUCUGAAUGGUUACUCACUGUGCGUGGAAUCCCUUCGAGAACUGGAUCCUUCUUGUGUCAUAAUGCAUCGUGUGUGUAAAGUAAUCAAAGAGUAUUUGAAAGGACGACCAGAUACUGUUCGACAGAUCAUCAAUUACAUAACCUCAGAGAAACGCGAUGAUCUCGCGGCGCAUUUGGUGAGUUUUCUUUGUCAAGAAACUUGUGCCAACAGAUGUGGUACUAUUGUGGAUGAAGAUGAACUUACCGGUGCUAAUGAUGAUUUCCUACCUGAAGCCAUGAACUUAUCACAGUGGCGGCAUUGGAUGCCUGAUCCAAUCGAUGUAGGCCCUGGAGAAAGCGGUCGAUUCCGCCAAGCUGCGGACGUCUUCAACAUGCUUGUUUCGGUUUAUGGAAGUAAAGAAAUGUUUGUUAAAGAGUAUCGCCAACUGCUGGCGGAGCGCCUCACAAGUAGUAAUACCAAAGAUCCAAUCUUCGAGCGCCGCUAUUUGGAUCUACUCAAACUCCGUUUCAACGAGGGGGAGCUUCAGCAAUGUGAGGUUAUGCUCAAAGAUAUCCGAGAUAGUCAGCGAAUUGACAGGACUGCUUUGGGAAGAAAAUGUGUGCCGGUGUCUGCAUGUGUAAUCUCAUCUCAUUUUUGGCCAAAAAUCAAUUCGGAAACGGUCCCGGUAAGAUUUCUGGAAUUCUUUGUUUUGGCCGAAUUCCAGCACAUUACGCUGACGUUUAUCGAUUGCUGUUUUUAUAUGCCAUGCUGCAGGUGUGUGGAGGUGACGCUGAAGCUGGGAGACGUCGAAGUGGAUAAGGUGGUGCCAAAUCCAAUUGCAGCCGUACUCUAUUUGUACUUAGAGAAAGAGAGCUGGACAGUUUCUGAAGUGUCGGAACGACUUUCAAUAUCGAAAGGAGUGGCUCGGCGGCGUCUGGAGUGGUGGCGUUCACAGGGUCUUCUGACACAGGUAUAUUCGAUCCGGUUUACACCUGACGAGGGGGCUAUCGAGGAGACGACUGAUGCCAUAGACGCGCUGGAACAGUAUUGGAGCUACACGAAGAACUUUAUUGCGAAUCAUGAUAAUGGAGAAGUCAAGGCGGAACGUAUGCAUCGUAUCUACCGAAUGUUCUCCUCUCCAUCUGCUCAAGGGCCAUCUCUCGAAACGGUUACGGCUUUCCUGAUGAAGAAAGUCAAAAUGAACCUGCUCACAUACAACAACGGAUUUUUCCGUGUUGUAAAAGAAAACGCUACUAAGACGGGAGAACGCUGA